AUGGAUGAACUGCAGGAUGUUCAGCUGACAGAGAUCAAGCCGCUCCUGAAUGACAAGAAUGCAGCUCGCAACUUCCAGGACUUCGACUGUCAGGAACAUGACAUUGAGACAGCUUUCGGAGUGGUCCAUGUCACCAUGAGGGGCACACCCAAGGGGAACAGACCUGUCAUCCUCACAUACCAUGACAUUGGCCUCAACCACAAAUCCUGUUUUAAUGCGUUCUUUAACUUCGAAGACAUGCAAGAGAUCACCCAGCAUUUUGCUGUGUGCCACGUGGAUGCACCAGGCCAGCAGGAAGGAGCACCCCCAUUCCCAUCUGGGUACCAGUAUCCCAGUAUGGAUGAACUGGCUGAAAUGUUACCUGCUGUUCUGACACACCUGAGCCUUAAAAGCUUCAUUGGGAUUGGCCUGGGAGCUGGCGCUUAUGUCCUCAGCAGGUGUGCACUCAGCCACCCUGACCUGGUGGAGGGACUCGUUCUCAUUAAUGUUGAUUCCUGUGCAAAGGGAUGGAUUGACUGGGCAGCAUCCAAGUUUUCAGGCUGGACAACCAACAUAGUGGAUAUUGUCUUGGCACAUCAUUUUGGCCAUGAGGAGCUGCAGGCAAAUCUAGAUUUGAUCCAAACAUACAGGCUUCACAUUGCGCAGGACAUCAACCAAGAUAACCUUCAGCUGUUCCUCACCUCAUACAACAGUCGUAGAGACCUGGAAAUUGAGAGACCAGUUGUUGGUGUCAAUGAAAACACUGCAAAAACACUCAAGUGCCCUGCCUUGCUCGUUGUUGGGGACAACUCACCUGCCGUGGAAGCAGUGGUGGAAUGCAAUUCACGUCUUGACCCAACCAAAACUACCCUUCUGAAGAUGGCUGACUGCGGGGGCUUGCCCCAGGUGGUGCAGCCUGGCAAGCUGACUGAAGCCUUCAAGUACUUUGUGCAGGGAAUGGGCUACAUGCCUGCCGCCAGCAUGACGCGGCUGAUGCGCUCCCGCACACACUCCUCCUCCAGCGUGGGCUCCGGCGAGAGCAGCCGCAGCCGAUCUCACGCCAGCAACUACGGGGACGGCAGUGCUGGGACCCCAGAAGGAAUUGACCUCCAGGAUGCGCCUCAAACCGUGGAAUUGUCCUGUUAGGCAGGAGCUCCUCCUCUGGAUUCAGACAGCUCCGCUCGCCCCACUGAACCCACUCAGAACCUAGCAUUUCAUCCGACAUGGCAUUAACUGUUCUCUCUAACCUGUGCAUGCCCAUCUGAGCUGCCACCUCCUUGGUAGUCUGUACUUGGCAUUACUUUGGUCCUUUCUGUAUCCCUUUGGCAUCAGAGCCUCUUUAAAACUCGUUGACAUUCCGCGGUCUUAGUAAGUCCCGUUACUGUACAUGCUGAUGCCAUCUCCUGUCUGUGCUGUGUAUCAAUCCAGAUGACAGCCUUGUCUCCCCUCUUCAUUUAAAUAUAA